AUGCAAUCCCUCAAGAAAUUCUUCAGGCGUCAACCACUUUGUAUCACUGUCAGUAUAGGAAAGCCAAUUUCCAGGGAAGACGUGUUCCAAUAUACAAAUGGAAGAUUUCUCCUGGAUGAAGAGACUCAACUCUCAAAGCGAUAUGUUCGCUUCGACAUUGACCGAUUAUGUGAUGUGAUCAGCAGUAUCGGUGGAGCGGAGAAAUCACCAGUUUCAAAGAUAAACAAACUGGAAGGUGGCUUCAGUAAAGCGCUUCUUAUGGCCACGGAAAAUGGCUCCGAAUAUGUAGUCAAAAUUCCAUGUCCUAAUGCAGGAAGGCCGAAGUACUGUACGGCAUCGGAAGUCGCAGUACUAAAUUUCGUGCGAUCUCGUACAUCAAUUCCUGCUCCCAGAGCUAUCUCCUGGAGCUCUGAUGUGACCAAUCCUGUUGGAGCGGAGUAUAUUGUCAUGGAGAAAGUCCCUGGCGUUCAGAUGUUCAAAAAGUGGGAUGAAAUGGGCGAAAGCAAUCGCAUACCUCUCAUUAAGCGUCUAACACAAUGGGAGUGCGAACUCUCAGCGAUUAAGCUUCCGGCUUAUGGUAGCUUAUACUACGGGUCAUCGUUGCCCGGCUCUGAAGCUAUUUCGCUGGAUCCAUCGAUGGAUCCCGAAGGUGAAUUCUGCAUAGGGCCUGCUUGUGAUUCGUCUUGGCUUAGGAAAACGCUUUCCGACAUGGGCAAGUCUCUCAUUGAGCGAUCUAUUUUUCGAGCCCGGGGACCCUCCAACACCCAUUUGCCAGCGUAUUUGCGUGACUCACCGGAUAAUCAUCUUGUCCUGCUUGAUAUGGCAAAAAGGAUAAUGCCAAUUAUAGGACGCAAUUCCAAACUGUUGGAAAAGUCUCAGCCGACAUUAUGGCAUACAGAUCUCCGCAUGGGUAAUAUCUUUGUUUCCGAGAAGAAGCCGGACGAGGUGACAGGCUUCAUUGACUGGCAGAAUACUUCUGUCUAUCCACGCUUUUUGCAGGCGCGGUUUCCUGUUUUCUUAGCGCCCCCUAAGGGCUAUCAAGAGGGACUGGUUAUGUCUAAGCUUCCCCCAGACUUUGAGCAGAUGGACAGCCAACAUAAAGAGCUUGCAAUGUAUAACAAGACGAAGGCGACUUGGACAAAAGCAUACGAGAAAGCGACGAAGGCUCCGAUGGAAAUCAAAGAACUCUUCCGUCGUUGUGGUGAGACCUGGGAGGAGGGUUUAAUACCACUAAGAGAAGUCAUGAUUGAGAUUUUUCUUGGGCAAGAGGACUUAGAGUUCCCGACAAAAGCUUCUCCCGUCUCUUUCACAGACGAGGAGAUAACGCAACAUAAGGAGGCUCUUUCUAUUUACACGGAGUGGCACGAGAUGCGCUCAUUUGCCAAAGAAGUGCUUGAUACCGACGACGAAGGCUGGGUGGCACCGGAGCGAGAUUUUGAUGAAAUCAGAUCCCGGAACGAAAUGUUGCCCGACUACUACAUUUCCACCCAAGUCUCCACGAGAGCUCCAAACGAAGUUAAAAGGACGUGGCCAUUUCCCACGCAUGUCUAA